GAGCGUCGGGUCGUGCGGACAUGUCGGCCAGCAGAGUGAUGAGAGCCGUCAGAGUGACUGAGCACGGAGCUCCGUCUGUCCUCAAGCUGAGCGCGGAUGUGAGCGUCCCUCAGCCCGGCAGCAGGCAGGUUCUGAUCCGUGUCCACGCCUGUGGAGUGAACCCUGUGGAAACGUACAUCCGGGCUGGGACGUAUGCACGAAAGCCCCCCCUGCCUUUCAUCCUGGGCACUGAUGCUGCUGGAGUGGUGGAAGCUGUUGGAGAGGGAGUCACUGCAGUAAAGGCAGGUGAUCGUGUAUUCACCACAGCCACAGAGUCUGGAGCUUAUGCAGAGUACACUGUCGCCGCAGAAGACAACGUUCACAAGCUGCACGAUGCUUUAGACUUCUCUCAGGGAGCGGCCAUAGGGAUCCCAUACUUCACCGCCUACAGAGCUCUGGUUCAAAAAGCCCAUGCGAAAGCUGGGGAGACUGUCCUCAUCCAUGGAGCUAGUGGAGGGGUGGGAGUGGCCGCGUGCCAGCUGGCCAGGGCUUUGAAUCUCACAGUCUUGGGGACUGCAGGGACUCCAGCCGGGAUGGAACUCAUCCUCAAAAAUGGAGCUCACCUGGCUUUUAACCACAGAGAAGAUGGAUACACCGACAAAAUCAUGGAAGCCACUAAGGGUAAAGGUGUGGAUGUGAUAGUGGAGAUGCUGUCCAAUGUCAAUUUGAGCAAAGAUCUCCAGAUGGUGGCCCAGGGAGGACGCAUCACGAUUGUUGGUUCCAGGGGCCCCAUUGAGAUCAACCCCAGAGACACCAUGGCCAAAGAGAGCAGCAUCAUCGGAGUGGCGCUUUUCUGCGCGACACCGGAGGAGAAGAAGGAGAGUGCAGCGCUGUUCUUCAAGGGCAUGGAAGCUGGUUGGUUACGUCCUGUCGUUGGUCCCAAGUAUCCGCUGGAAAAGGCGGCGCAGGCGCACCACGACAUCAUUGAAUCCCCCGGGGCUGCUGGGAAAAUGGUCCUGACCAUGUGUUAAAGUGCCACACGUCGAAGGUCACCUGCGGUGGUUCAGGAGUCACUCCACCCUUCAAAGAUGUGAAAUUGUGGUUAAAUUGAUGACAGAAAUGAAACUUCAGAGUGAUUUAAUCCUUCGCCUUGGUUUGUGGAGUCUUCCACUGUGUAAUGAAAUGAAAUCAAAUGAAAUUUUUAAAACUUUCACCCUGAAUAUCACAAUAUGAAUUUAAAUAUAUUCUUCCAGCAUUUAUCUUUGUCAUAUUUGUUGUCUGUUUUUUGAUAAUAAGAUAUUUGAGGAAAUUGCUGCUUAUGCACACACAUGGCAAUUUUAUUUGAGAAAAUGAAGAAAAGAGGAAUGGCUCUGCCCAAAGGUUUCCAGAUGAGCUGUCUGCUUCCUGUGAGGAAUCUCAGCCAAUGUUAUGGUCUUAAAUGUGUUUACCCCUAUAGAAAACUAGAGCUGCUAAACUGUUUUUCAUCGUAUUACUAAGUUACUAACUAGCUAAGUUACAAUAUUUUAAAAGUAACUAAUUACCAGGCAAAAUAGCUAUUGUGUCA